AGCAGGGUAGGGCAUUUGUGAGCGAUUGCGGCGCGAUGAGAUGGAGGAAGGGUCUAGUGUGCGCCGCGCAGCGACUAGUGUCGCGACCGUUUUCGUCGACGGCGUCGUACACUGUCAAUUCAAUCAUUCUUCGCUCCCUCAAAGACCACUAUCUCGAGGUCUCCAAGAUGACUCCACCUCCGAAGAUUAGCCCACCUUCUCCAUACCAAGUUGUAAAGGGGGCACUUGAUACUGGGGGCCCUGUUCUCAGGCGCGUGUUUGGAGAUGAGGUGGUCAAUGUAUCAGUUAUGAGAAUGGUUGACAUCAUUCCAGGAGGUUCUGCUGAUGAUUAUGGCAAUGACAACAUUAAUCAGUUAUUUGUUCAUGUUGACAUUGCUAAGCCAGGGCAGCAAGAUUCUCUGCAUUUACUUUGUGGAAUGUAUCCAGAUGCUCUUGGGAUUCAUUCUGUUUCACUCAGACCAAAAGCAGAGUCUGGAGGCUUCCUUGCAGUUCCAUCUAAAUAUCAUGGUCCAGUCUUUGAAGAUGUAGAUGAAAAGAUUCGAGAUGCUCUCCAUAGCUAUAUUGAAGAGCGUGGAAUAAACGAGAGCCUAUUUCCAUUUCUGCAAGCUUGGCUUUAUGUGAAGGAUCACCGCAAUCUCCUGCGAUGGUUCAAAACUGUUGGCACUUUUGUCAAUGACAGCCACCAAGCCCUACCGUCAUAAAGAAUUUAUCAGUGGUCUUCUCAACUUAUUGUCAAUUUACGCCAAAUCCGAAAAGAAAAUAUAUUAUGGGUAGCUAGCUAGCUCUUUAUCUUUUGAAGUGGACCUAGUCAGUAGUAGUAUUUCUUUGGUAUCAAAAUCAUUUUGAUUUGAAGGUAUAAUUUCUCUCUGGUUGGCAUAUGGCAGUAGCAUAUUCAUAUAACUGUUCUGAUUUCUGUGAUAGUGUGGGUGCUCAAUUAACAAGAUAUUAGUAUUUGGUUGAUGACUUGAUGUGUAUACUACUAUAUCACAUCAUGUUUCGUGAGUGGAACUGUUAGCGCUGACUUUUUAAAUUCCAAUAUUAAUGUGCAAAAUGUUAAAGUGUGCUGUGUCA